UAGAUGCAAGUGAAACUGGUGCAGGAGCCGUUCUUCUGCAGGAAGAUGCUCAAGGUAUUGAACAUCCAGUUUGCUUCUUUUCUAAAAAGUUUAAUUCCCAUCAAAGAAAUUACUCUGUAAUUGAGAAGGAAGCUUUGGCAUUAAUUUUGGCAAUUCAGCAUUUCGAGGUUUAUUUGAGUAGCGGCAACCAAAUUGAGGUGAUGACUGAUCAUCAUCCGUUAGUUUUUUUGCAGCAGAGUGGUAACAAUAACCAGCGUUUGUUGAGAUGGAGUCUGUUUUUGCAGACUUAUUCUCUACAAAUUCAUCACAUUAAAGGAAAAGAGAAUGUUUUGGCUGAUGCACUGUCUCGUGGAUAACGUCAUACUAUGCUCCUGCCUUUUGUCUUUACAACAGUUUCUACCUGUGGAUUUGCUUUUUGUAAACAUGAUACUUUAGGAGGUGUCAAUUUUGAUAAGUAGGUAUAUAUAUUUGCUAUAUACAUUGAUUUAUUACUUUUUUUUUUGUGUUGACUCUUUAAUAUUCAAUGCAUUAAAUUUGAGAUUAUUUAACGUUUUGUGGGUGGAGGUGUUACAGCCCUGCCCCUUUUUCCUUUAUUUUUUUAUGUUGAGAGAUUGCAGGGACAGAGGCUCCUCUUUGAUGGGCAGGGCUCCAGUGCUGAUCAUGGGCUGCACCUGUGGCACUCCUAUUUAAGAGGCUCAUGGAAUUGAGUUCACUCUCUCUCAUUUUUGUUCCUUUAUCUUUGUUUGAAGAGUGGGUUGAUAUUUUGGUGUUCCCAUUUGUUUCCACAACUCCACAAACCCCAUUUCCAACAGUUAUUUGAUUUGUUGUUUCUUUUAUUAUUCUUUAACAUUUUGACCCUAGACAUUAUUUGAUUAACCUGAAAUAAAUUUAUAUUUUCUUUAUUGAAACUUAUGUUGUCAAGUGUCCUCUUUAUGUUGUGACUUUGAGCCGGGUCGUAACAAUUAUCAGACAUUAUAUUCACUGUAAGUUUGUCAUGAGUGUUGUUCUGUGAUUGUAGAGCUUCAUGUUCUUCAGAGAAUAAUUGGCUGUGAACUGGAGAAACUUCCUGAUGGAACAGUGAAUCUGACUGUCUUUGAUGAAUAUGGAUUUGAUGGAGAGGAUUUUAUAUCCUUUAAUUCUGAAACUAUGAAGUGGAUUGAUAAAAACCCCAAAGCCAAAGAAACUAAAGAGGAAUGGGAUCUUCACACAGAACGAAACAAGUUCCUCAAGUAUUUCCUCAAGAACUGCAUUGACUGGAUCUCAACGUAUAACAACACAAAAAAGAGUUCUCCAGAUGUUCACCUCCUUGUGAGGAAAGCUGCUCCUGAUGAUCACAGUAAUCUGGUCCUGACGUGUCUGGCCACUGGUUUCUACCCCAGAGAUGUUCAGAUGAACAUUAGAUUGUACAGAAACAUCCUUGAGGAUCAAACAUCAGGAAUCAGACCAAAUGAUGAUGGAUCCUUUCAGAUGAGAAUCAGUGUGAAGAUCGACUGUAAUCAUGAAGGAUCUUAUGACUGUCUGCUCAUUCACAGCAGUCUGACUGAACCAGUUUCAGUAAAAUGGGAUGGAUCAUGUUUUGACUGUGAAACAGAACUCUUCUGGCUUUAUAUAACAUCAGCAGCAGCAGCGUUUCUACUUCUAGUUCUGGUUAUCAUUGGUUGGUGGAUCAAGAAAAAGAAACGGUCAAACAACGAGGACGACGAUUACGAAGUGGUGGAACUGUGUUACACCGUUCCAGUCUUCAAAUACUUACUGGCAUUUUAUUUUUGUUUAUUUAUUGUGUAUAUAAUUACAGUGCCAUAUAAUUAUAUGACAUUUGUAUAUAUGUUAUGUAUAUAUAUUAUGUAUGUAAAAUGGUUCUAAAUAAUGCAUAAAUCAUAAAACAUUGAUUGUGCGAUGUUUCUAGGAGAUUGGAAAGGCAUGACCUUUACACUGUAUAAAAACAAACAAAAAAAACCCUAAUUUUACAGAAAAUAAUUGAUUCUUUUACGGUUGUUUUCUUUUAUUUUACAUUGUACCCAAAACUCUGUAAACAAUAUCUAUAAAUUAACAACUCAGCUGUUAUUUUAAGUAUCGUGACAUUAAUGUCAAAUCAGUAUCCUAAACUAAAUAGACUGAAAACACUGUUAUUUUACAAGUAUUUUAUGAAUUAUUACAAUCAUCUCUUCUCUGGUUAUUAAUGCACUAUGUCAUCUACUGUUAAGUGUCAUUAUUGUGAUUAUGAUUUAACUUUCAGCGAUCAUGGUUAAACUCUUCAGGCUGAAUUUAUAUAACAACCAAGAUCCUUUCUUUCAGAUCAUGUUUUAAAUCCUGUCAGGAGACUUUGUGUGUUUUAAUAGUAAAAUUUGCUUCAUCAUGCUGUGUCAUGAUUAGCUGAGCUUCAGGAACACUGUAGGGAUGGAGAUUUCCCCUCAUAGUGUUCCUGUACUUUGUCUAAUCAUGAUCAGAUCAUGGGAUUGAUUUCCAUCCAGAUAAAAAAUGUAUUGAUCAAAUGUACAGGUGACUCGAAGUGUCUGACAGAUGCAUACUGUAAAUAUGUCUCUUUGAACAACAUGUGUUAAAUGUCAAUAUUGAGAAAUAAAUGAGUCUUGACUAAC